AUGGAUGAGGACCUGGUGUUGGCGCUGCAGCUUCAGGAGGAGUGGGACCUGCAGGUCUCGAGGCACGACCAGGCCCGGGAGCCGCUGUCGCUGGUGGACGCGUCCUGGGAGUUGGUGGACCCCACCCCGGAUUUGCGGGCCCUGUUUGUGCAGUUCAACGAUCGUUUCUUCUGGGGCAAGCUGGAGGCCGUCGAGGUGAAGUGGAGCAUGCGAAUGACGCUGUGUGCUGGGAUAUGCAGCUAUGAAGGGAGAGGUGGCAUGUGCUCCAUCCGACUCAGUGAACCCCUCUUAAAGUUGAGACCAAGAAAGGAUCUCGUUGAGACCCUCUUGCAUGAAAUGAUACAUGCCUAUUUAUUUGUCACUAAUAAUGAUAAAGACCGGGAGGGACAUGGUCCAGAGUUCUGUAAACACAUGCAUCGCAUCAAUCGCCUGACUGGAGCGAACAUAACGGUGUACCACACUUUCCACGACGAGGUGGACGAGUACCGGCGACACUGGUGGCGCUGUGACGGGCCGUGCCAGCACCGGGGGCCCUACUACGGCUUCGUCAGGCGCGCCACCAACAGGGCGCCGUCCGCCCACGACUACUGGUGGGCCGAGCACCAGCAGACCUGCGGGGGCAUGUUUGUGAAGAUCAAGGAGCCGGAGAACUACUCCAAGAAAGGCCAAGGGAGAGCACGGCUCGGCAGGCAGCCAGCCCCCACGGCGGAGGAGACAGAUAAACCCAACAGAGGUGAGAGACAGCUGUUCAUCCCUUUUAGUGGAAAAGGCUAUGUUUUAGGAGAAACGAGCAACUUGCCUUCAUCUGGAAAAUUUGUCACCUCCCAUGCUGUUAAUAAAACCCAAGAUCUUUUAAGUCAGGACCGUUCUGCACGUGCUGUAAGACCUAAUUCUAAAAUUGAGGUGAAAUCUGAACAGAAUGGUUCAAGUGAAAAAACUUCUCUGGUCGUCCCUGUUCUCAGCACCAGUCACCAAACUGUUGUAAGCAACUACUUCCCUAGAGUACCAGCUGCCAGCCGGAAGGCUUCCCGAAGUGCGCGUGGGUCUCCAGCAGAAGGCGCAACAGCCCGUGACGUCGCCAAGAGCCCGGCCCCUUCCGGUGCUCAGAGAAGGGUUGCGGCUCCUACGAAAGCCCUAAGAAAGUCCGUACGAGCCGUGGAGGCAACACCGGUGACUGCACCCCGGGGUGCAAGCAGGCCUGGAGAUAAAUUCCCAAGUAAACGGCCCAGGCUAGAAGACAAGACUGUUUUUGACAACUUUUUUAUCAGGAAAGAGCAAAUACAGAGCGGUGGUGACGACGCACAGUGCAGCCCACACCCGCCAGCUGCAGCGCCGAGCCCCGGCGGCGCGGGGCUCGGCAGGCCGGUCCCCUGCCCCGUGUGUCAGAGUGCUGUUCCGGAGGCUCAGAUUAACGAGCACUUGGACUGGUGCCUUGAAGGCGACAGCAUCAAAGGCAGAAGCUCAACAAAUCUUUGAAAACCGAAUUGAGUCUCAACGUGCCACCUGAAUUACCUCACGGGCACAGUGUCCGCUGCUCAGGCGUUUCCGGUUAAUACCGAGACUUGCAGGUUGUAAUAGUUCACCGGUAUUGAGUGUUUUACAUACACAUAAAUGAGAUGGUAAUUUAAAAUGUUUUAUGUCUGAGGUGCUGUAAUUCACUCUUGCCUUGUGUAUACUGUGGCCCAGAGUUUGUUCUGGACGUAUACAUGUCUAGUUUUCAGAUACUUUUUAAUACUUUUAAAAGCAAAGGAGAACACAUCUAUUAAUCUUUUUCUCUAUUUUCCUUAAAAUACUCAGUGAGGAAUCCUGUCAGGUAUUUUGUUAGAUUGAAUCUUUUUUAAUAUUAAAACUUAUUCCCAGAAGUGAUGUUAAUAUUCAUAGUGUCAGACAUACCGACCAAAAAUACAGUCUAGAGUAUAAAGUAUAUAAUUGUUUUAGGGUACUCAGAAGCUUUUGGGGUUUUCUUCAAAAUCUUAACCAAAAAUACAUUUCCUAUAUUAUAAAGAUUUUUAUGUAUCUGUUAGGCUAAAAGGUGGCAGUAGAUUUUAAGUUAAAGUAGAUAAAUAUGGGGAGGAGGGUGUAGCUCAGUGGUAGAGCACAUGCUUUAGCAUGCACGAGGUCUUGGGUUCAAUCCCCAGUACCUCCAGUAAAUAAAUAAACCUAAUUGUCUUCCCACCCCCCAAAAAAUUUUAAAAAUAUUAAAGGAGAUUAAAUAUAGUAAAAUAAGUUUCUUUCAGAAUAUUAUAGUAAUUCUGUAGGCCAGAGUUUAGCUGUUUUCUCAAUUUAGCAAAAUGAGUGGUUUUGUGCAAGUGGAACAUUAUCUAGAUACAGUAUUACGAACCUUAAGCCAAAGUUGAAACCACUUAGGAAUACCAUUUGUGCAUUUUAAAAAGUGUUUCUUUUAAAAAUCAUUAUUUUCCACGUGACAGCAAAAGGACAAAGAUGGUUUGAUCACUUGACUUUUUGUCUCAUGGCUGUACCACCAGCGUGUGGGCAUACUUCCAAGGCCUUAGCUUACAGAUUUCCUUUUUCCUCAGCUUUACUGCAGAAUGACGUGUCCACACAUGCCCCGCAGCUGGGUGUUCCUGGGGCCCACCACCGGGUGAAGGUGGAGGGUGUUUCAGUUACCGUCGUCCUGGGCGCCUCUUCUCAGGCAAUACGCGCAGCCCCCCGAGUAACCCGUUUUCAUCUGUCACCGCAGGUUCGCCUAGCUUGGCUUUGAACUUCAUAAAGUAGCAGCUUCAUUGCUCUGGGCAGCGGGAGUUCAUUGUUUCCAUUGCCGUGUAGUAUUUGAAUAUGCCACUCUGCUCGUCAUCCCAGUACUAAUGGGCACGGGAAUUACCUCCAGUUGGAGGCUGGCUGUUGUGAAUAAUGCUGCUGAGAACAUCCGGACUCGUUCCUGUUGGGCGCACACCCAGGCCCGGAAGGCCGCGCCCCCCACGUCCUGAUGUUUAGCUUUGGUGAACAGCGCCAGCCUGCACAUGCACCAGGACAGCCUCGCUUGUUCCACAGCCUUAACACUGGUACUGGUCCUUUCCAUUUUAGCCUGCCUGGUUGUUCGUUCACAAAUUUUGGUAUUUCUUAAGCAUGAAGUUGGACCAUAGUAUUUAAUAAAUGUUUAUAGAUAAAAGACUUAAAA